AGAAUGUUUGAGGGAGAAAUGGCAAGUUUGGAAGCCAUCUUGAAAACACAGAUGAUAAAAGUUCCUAAACCCAUCAAAAUUAUAGACCUGCCUGGGGGCACCACUCUGUUUGUGAUGGAACACUUGGAAAUGAGAGGCUUGAACAGACAUUCAGCAAAGCUGGGAACACAACUGGCUGAUCUCCAUCUUCAUAACCAGCAACUUCGAGAGAAGCUGAAGAAAGAAGAGAGCACAGUUGGUAAAGGUCAAGGGCAAAUGGAAGUCCAGUUUGUGGAUCAAUUUGGCUUUCAUACAGUUACCUGCUGUGGCUAUCUUCCACAGGUGAAUGACUGGCAGAACGACUGGGUGACUUUCUUUGCCAAACAAAGAAUCCAGCCCCAAAUGGACAUGAUUGAAAAGAAUUCAGGAGACAGGGAAGCAAGAGAACUUUGGGCACAACUUCAGCUGAAGAUACCCAGUUUGUUCCAUGACACAGAAAUUGUUCCUGCUCUCCUGCAUGGAGAUCUCUGGGGAGGAAAUGUAGCUGAGGAUGAUUCUGGUCCAAUUAUCUUCGAUCCAGCUUCUUUCUAUGGCCAUUCAGAGUAUGAGCUUGCAAUAGCUGGGAUGUUUGGUGGCUUCAGCAGUUCUUUUUACUCUGCUUAUCACAGUAAAAUUCCCAAAGCUGCAGGGUUUGAGAAACGCCUAAAGCUUUAUCAGCUUUUUCACUACAUGAACCAUUGGAACCAUUUUGGUACAGGGUACAGAGGGUCUUCUCUAAACAUUAUGAGAAACCUUGUAAAGUGA